AUGAAGAUAUGCAAAGCCAGUUCUACUGGCAGGGACUCCAUUGAUAUGGACAAGGAUGAAGAGGCCACUGGCCAAGGUGAUACUGACAAAGGUAAGGAGGAUGAGCCUGAAUACACAGAAGAGUUGGAGGAUCAUCAAUCACCAGAGCCUGUGGAUCAGCUCAAUGGGGAGGAAGAUUCAGAUGACGAAGCGGGUGAGGAUGUAGGAUCGGAAUUAGAGGAUGAGUGCAGUGAAUUUGGGUAUGAAGAUCUGCAGGAGUGCAUAAUAGAGGAUGAUGGGGAGGAUGACAAUGAAGAUGAUGGUGAUGGUGAUAGCGAGAUUGAUCUUGGUGCCGAGGACAGAGAGGGCGCUGCAGAUAAUGAGGAGGACUAUGGCGACUAUGGAGAGUAUUAA